UGAUACCUACACCACAACGUCGUUACCCAGUGGUCGUGACAAUAGUCGGUUGAUCGUUUGGCCGAACCCCCGACCUCCUUCGUCCCGCCGCCAAACCUCCAACACCAACAAGCCAAGGUUCCCCAAACCACAACGUCAAGCCAACAUGAAGUGUAGUCUCUUCUCGCUCGCCGGACUGGCAUCAACAGCACUCGGUGCGCGCUUUGCGCUCCAUGUACCCAACACACAGCUUGUCAACCCCUCGACUCUGCCAUCUUCCACCCACGCCAUCCUCCAGUCUUCGGGUCCGCCUCAGGAAGCAUAUCUCACACGGUCGAACUCGUUCAACUUUUACAAUGUCUCCGCUGGAAGCUACCUGGUGACCAUACAUUCCCGUGACGCCCUGUUCGAGCCUCUUCGGAUCGAUGUCAGCCUAGAGGAAGCUGUGGAAGGCAGCGGGGAUAAGAAGGAGGUGAUCAAGUCGUGGCAGACAUUCAUCGGCAACGAGUGGGACAACAAGGGCGAGUCCCGCGGAGAAGGCGGCAAUGGUGUCGUGUUGGAAGCCCGCCUCCUUGGGAAGAAAUACUAUUUCCAGGAACGCAGCGGAUUCUCCCCGCUUUCUUUCUUGAAGAACCCAAUGAUGCUCAUGGCAUUGUUCUCCAUGGUUCUCAUCUUCGGCAUGCCUAAGCUCAUGGAAAAUAUGGAUCCCGAGACCCGUGCCGAGUUCGAAGAGAUGCAGAAGCAGAGCCCUCUAGCUUCUGGCGGAGCCGCCAACCCAGCCCAAGCUAUGCAGAACUUCGACCUCGCCUCCUGGAUGGCCGGCAAGACUGAUACCUCGAACAGCCGCGGCCACAGCCCAGCUCCUCAAGGCAAGAAACGGGGAUGAUUGUUGAUGAAUUGGAGUGUAAAAACAGGUCGAGAGGAGAUGAGGCUCCUGUGCAACGACCAUGGUGUAGCUUUUAAUGACUGUUCGUCGAUACGUCGGACGAUUACAUAGAGAUUACAUUAUACAUCAUAAACGCCAAAUACCUGUUUGGUUAACCCUGUGCCGCUUUCACACGGUUGCUAAACUAGAAUUGCUAUAUAUUCAAUUGGUAUCUACUCUAGUAUGUUCAGCAAAAGCAUGACGGAUAUAUUGAUUUGAUCUCCCCAUGUAAUUUCUGUCUCAAACAUCGAAAUCCAUCUCUCAAACC